AUACUGAUUAUCCUCGAGGACGUAAUCUCGACCAUCAUGGCGACAACAUUCAACAUUACCGAGGCACCCUCGCGCUUUCCCGCUCUAAACAAACAACAGGUCUUUAUGGACAAUGCCGGAGGUAGUCAGGUUCUUGACACUGUGAUUGACUCGAUCAGAAAUUACCUCUCAAACACCAAUGUCCAGCUCGGCGCCACUUAUCCCGUUGCGCAGUCGUCCACGAACGCGUACGUGAAGGGCUACAAGGCAGGAGCCGAAUUCAUCAAUGCUCGACCCGAGGAGAUUUCCAUCGGUGUUUCAACCACCCAGAAUUAUCUCAACCUCGCCACGGCGCUGUCUUUUGAGCCUUCAGACGAGCUGAUUAUCUCGGUUCUCAACCACGAGGCCAAUACUAAUUCGUGGGUGCGAAUUGCAAAGCUAUUAGGCCUGACUGUCAAAUGGUGGACGCCUAGGAACCCCACGAAUCCCGACUGCGAUGUUGAAACCUUGAAGCCCUUGUUGUCUGAGAAGACCAGAUUGGUGGCUUUCCCGCAUGCCUCUAACAUCACGGGCACGAUCACGAACGUGAAGGAGAUUGCAAAUGUCGUUCAUCAGUUCCCUCGGGCUCUUGUCUGUGUGGACGGCGUCGCCCUUGCUCCGCACAGAUCGGUCGACGUCAAGGAACUUGAUGUCGACAUCUACGCUUUCUCUUGGUACAAGGUCUACGGACCACACGUUGCCCAAAUCUACUGUCACAGCCGCAUCCACGACCAAAUUAACAUGCUAGGCCACUACUUCAAGUCCUCGGAGCCGCAGACCCUCGAAACGAAGCUCACCCUCGCCUCGUCAAACUAUGAGCUUACCCAAUCAAUUCCGGAGAUCACAGCGUACUUUGGAUCGGACAGCGCGUCGGCUUGGAAGGCUAUUGCAGACCAUGAGGAGGAACUCCAGGCGAUUCUCCUCGAGUAUCUUCGUAGCAACGACAAGGUGACUAUCAUCGGAGAGCCGUCGGCGGACCAGCACCGGAGGGUUCCGGUAAUCAGCUUCCUGGUUAAGGGAUGGAAGAGUCAGGCGAUCGUGGAGGAGGUCGAGAAGCGGUCGAACUUUGGGUUCCGUUCCGGGCAUAUGUACAGCCAUCGGCUGCUGCAUGAUAUACUGAAGGUUGAGGAUCCUGAUGAUGGGGUGGUGAGAAUUAGCUUCUUGCACUAUAAUACCGUGGAGGAGGUCAAAGGUCUAGUGGAUGUUUUAAAGACAGUGUUGGAGGGCUAAUCGAGCGACCGUAUCUCAUCAAGACUGUAAUACUGGAUAUAUAGAGAAAUCAAGACAGACGGAAAGCCAUGCCACGAUACUAUGAAUCAAUGACAUCGUCGAUCCGUUGGCACCUAGGCUAAGCCUCGGCGGAGGAACCAUAUGACCCAGAACAUGAACAACGGAUUCAUGACUUCUAUCAGAAUAGUACAGAGUAAGACAAGCUACCCAGAUAUCAAUUCCUCCA